AUGAAAUCAAAUCAAUUGUGUAUGACUAGACUCAGUGAUCGUUUACUUCCUAUCCAUCCGAAUAAUUUGAAUAAAGUUAUGCACAGUGAAUGGGAGUCGAUUUCACAAUGGUUAUAUGAUGUUCUUUCAUCUGGUGAUAUUCUGUGUGAAAUUAGUGCAGUAUUCACUUCAAUUCGAAGAUUUAUUACUAUAUUUGGAAUGCGACUGCCCAAAACACAACGUAUCGCUUUAGUUCGUUUAGUUAUAGCUUAUAUAUGCUGUCCAAAUAUUGAUACAAAAGUUAUAUUCACCGCAUUACAACUUUUAAAAUGCUUAAUGACUAAACCGUACUCUCUGCCAUCAUCAAGUUUAUCUGUUGAUUGGAAAAUUUUUUGGGAUAUGGAGAGAUGGAUUGAAAGUGAAUUGGAAGCAUCUGAUGGCUGUAUUGUAUGGCCUGAGGAAGAAAGGAAAGCAUUUUGUGAUUGUCUUGCUUUGUGCACAAAAUUCUUCCCAAAGAGUUCAAUUGAAGAAAUUUGGUUAAGAAUUCGUCAUAAUAUUUGCAGUUAUUUAGCUAAUGAAUCAACCUGUCUAUCGUUGUAUCCAUUCUUCACUUAUACACCAUUUUAUCCUAAACAUUUUGAUGAGAUUAGCCGUGUUUGGUUACCAGAUAUUUUUGAUCUCUGGUACAUACAUUCUGAUAGUGGAGAACAUCCUGAGUUUAUCGAAAUAUUAUGCAAAGUUUCACAAAUUGGUCGUGGUCGUAUCGAUUGGGAACCACAUAUAGAGCGUAUAUUCUCCGGUUUCUUAAGACGUAUAACCUUAAAAUGUACAAAAUUUUAUACUUCUCGUCCAAUGGAUCCAAAUGAAGUACACUUUUAUGCUCAAUUGAUUAUGAAUACUAUUGGUCCUGAUAGACCAGAUUGUCAAUCAUCAGUGAUUUAUCGGUUGGAACAAUCUUUCAAAGCUAUGGAAUCAUUUUAUCAUCCAUCCUCUGAACAAAAAGAGUCAGCUAAAUUAUUGACUUGUUUUAUUUCAAAAUUUCUGCGUUGUUUAAUCAGUCGUCUACGUGAUGAAUUGUUUCCGCCAGUAGAAGCAUUGGAUUUAGGUUAUGCACCACCAGAAUUCUAUCUUUCUGUGGAACAAAUUGAUCAAAUUGUUAAUCUAUUUACACCAAUCUGUCUAAAGUAUUUAUUAUAUUCAAAAGUGGAUUUAAUUGUCAAUACAGCAGUGAAAAUCAUAUCAAUGCUGUCUAAACUUCGUCCAAGUAUAGUUAUACCAUAUUUAUUGAAUGAUCUUGAAUAUGGUUUAAUAAAACCAGAAAUGCCAUUACGUUUUACUCGACCAUUGUAUGCAUUAUCAUUAUCAGUUCAAUCAUUAAUCUAUGUUAGAUUUCCACUUUAUCCACGUGGAUGUUUUAGUGCAUAUCAUUUUGAUGAAGAAGAUUCAGAUAGAUAUGAUGAUGAUGAUGAUGAUAUUGUUGUUGAAGAUGAUAUGACUAUUGAUACUACUAAUGUAAAAGAUGAUAGUGAAAAUGAAUCAGUUGAAGAAGAAGAAGAUCUUUUAUCCUCUGAUGCAGAUGAUGAAUUCUCUGGAAAAUUAAAGCAUAUUAAACUUCAAGAUGAUAAUAAACUCAAUGAUAAAUCAAGAAUAUCAAGUCUACAUCAUAGUAAACAUGGAGUAAAAAGAAAAUUUUUCGAAAGUCAUCUUCGAAAUGGUCAUUUAAAAGCUUUCACAUAUUUGGCUGGUCGAGCUGAAUUGAAUCGUGUACUACAAAUUCUAUUGCAUGGUUUAGAUAUGAAUGAUUUAGACCGUUUAAAUUAUACUAUUGCAUGUUUAAGUCGAAUAUUUCUAUCAACACCAAUAUUGACAUUUUCAAUUGAUGAUAAUAACAAUGAAUAUAUUAAUCCAAUUACAAAGAAAAUUAUUAAUGAAUCUAUUGAAGUACAAGAUACAAUUUUUAUAAUAUAUGAACGUAUUUUAAGUUUUUUAACAAAAUUGAAUGAAACUACUAAUUUAGAUAUACAAAAUAAUAUAAAUAUCUCAUUUAGUACAACAUAUCGACCAUAUGCUAAACCAAUUGAUAAUUCACGUUCACCUUUAGAUAUUUGUCAAAUGAGUGAAUUAACUGGAUUAUGUAUUGCUAUAGCUAUAUCAAUUUCAUCAAAUUUACACUUAAAAUAUCGAUUAAUUAAACAUUUAACAAAUAUUAUUUUCACUUAUCAAUGGGCAUUAGAUAUAUCUCGAUUACUUGGAUAUCAAGCAUAUUGGUUUGCUGUUGAUUCAUUAACUACUAAUAUUACUAAUAAUUCUAGUAUAAAUUUAUUACAAUGUAAAGAUAAUUUACCUUCAUCUAUAUAUUCUAUCAAAUUAAUAUGGCCAAAAUUUAUAUCUAUUAUAAAAGAGAUUGAAAAUGUAGCUACGACUACAUGGAAAACUAAAGAGUACAGAAUACUUGUUUCUGAAUACACUACACCACUACAGUAG